AUGUCCCCUGAGGAAAUGAAAGAUCUCCCCCUGGAGGAGAAAUACCUGCAACCAGAAACCAGAGAAGUGAAUGGAAUCCUCCUGACCCAGAUAAUAAGAGACAACUGGGAGAUCUGGAAUUUCCAAGCCAAGCCUGAUGACCUGCUCAUUGUAACCCAUGCAAAGGCAGGCGUGACCUGGACCCAGGAGAUUGUGGGCAUGAUCCAGAACAACAGGGAUGUGCAGAAGAGCCAGCGGGCCAGGACCUUCGACCGGCAUCCUUUCAUGGAGGGGGCCCUCCCCCCGCCGCUCAAAUCAGUGCUGUGGGGCUCCUGGUACGAGCACGUGAAGGGAUGGUGGGACACCAAGGACCGGCACCGCGUCCUCUACCUCUUCUACGGGGACAUGAGGGAGGAUCCAAAGCGGGAAAUUCUGAAGAUGCUGAAGUUCCUGGAGAAAGACGUAUCAGAGGAAGUUCUGAAUAAAAUCAUCUAUGACUCCUCCUUCGAUGUAAUGAAGCAAAACCCGAUGGCCAGCUACAGCACCCUGCCCACCAGCAUCAUGGACCAACGCAUCUCCGCCUUCACGAGGAGAGGGAUGCCGGGGGCCUGGAAGAACCACUUCAGUGCCUCAGAACGAGGACUUGGGCAGGACUACGAGAGGAGGAUGGCCGGGAGCACGCUGACCUUCCGCACAGUGUCUGAGCGCUGGGGAGCCUGGCAGAGCCCCUCACUAGACUUUAGACGCUUGAGCCUCAUGACCAGGACACCGAAAACAAUGACUCCCUUCCCCCCUCCUGAGCUUCGCACACUGUCUGUAGAUCCCAUGCCACGUGAUACACAGAAUGCAAUCACACCCUGGGUAGAAAGAAGUUUAAAAUUAAAUCACACGGUCGUUCACAGGGGCCCGGCCACAUGCGAUGCUAGAGCAAAAUAAGCACACGACUUAACCCCCUAACUAGUGCACAGCGCCUGCCCUCCCAGGGUCAAUGCUCGUGAAAAGAGAGAAAAGAGUCAGAUCAGACCCUUGACACAAGAGGCAUGUAAGAUGCAAAGAGAUGAGGAGGGGGCCCCCAGGAGAACGUGAGAGGCACCAGGUCUUAUCCCCCAGCGUCCAGAAUGAGGGAGACUUGGGGCCGCGAGGCUCAGAGGGUGGAACAGGGGAUGGGGUCUGACGGAGACGGGGAUGGUCUGAAGCCCAGAG